UGGCGGGAGCGAGGCUGCGGCGCGCGGAACCGGGGCUACGGGUGGCCGGGCGGCCGCCUUCGCCUGCGUCGCUGCCUGCGCGCGGGCCGCCGCCCCCGGGGAUGUGAGGAGGGGCGGUCGCUCGGCCGGCGGGGGCUCGGAGCGGCGCGGAGGCCGGCAGCAGACGCUCCACCCACCUUGGUCUGGACCCGGGCUCCGAGGGCUAAAAAUAUUGCCCGAAGGCUCCUGCACGGAAUCACAUCGCGCUAAGUAGGGCAAAACGCAGAGGCGACAGAGCUCCUUAGCCUCAGGGCCCGCAGAACGGACUCCGGAGUGUGGUCCCGCCCCCGCUCGGCUCAGCCGCUAGCGUCCUUCCUCCUCCCAGCAGGUGCAUUUGGAGGCCAGUAUGAAGCUGAAAAAGCAGGUGACAGUGUGUGGGGCUGCUAUCUUCUGUGUGGCAGUCUUCUCGCUCUACCUCAUGCUGGACCGAGUGCAGCAUGAUCCCACCCGACACCAGAAUGGUGGGAACUUCCCCCGGAGCCAAAUUUCUGUGCUGCAGAACCGCAUUGAGCAGCUGGAACAGCUGUUGGAGGAGAACCAUGAGAUUAUCAGUCACAUCAAGGACUCUGUGCUGGAGCUGACAGCCAAUGCAGAGGGCCCGCCUGCCCUGCUGCCCUACUACACGGUCAACGGCUCCUGGGUGGUGCCACCGGAGCCCCGGCCCAGCUUCUUUUCCAUCUCCCCUCAGGACUGCCAGUUUGCUUUGGGGGGCCAGGGCCAAAAGCCAGAGCUGCAGAUGCUAACUGUAUCAGAGGAAUUGCCGUUUGACAAUGUGGAUGGCGGUGUGUGGAGGCAAGGCUUCGACAUCUCCUACAGCCCACACGACUGGGAUGCUGAGGACCUGCAGGUGUUUGUGGUGCCUCACUCUCACAACGACCCAGGCUGGAUCAAGACCUUUGACAAGUACUACACAGAGCAGACCCAACACAUCCUCAACAGCAUGGUGUCCAAGCUGCAGGAGGACCCCCGGCGGCGCUUCCUCUGGGCAGAAGUCUCUUUCUUUGCCAAGUGGUGGGACAACAUCAAUGCCCAAAAGAGAGCGGCAGUCCGAAGGCUGGUGGGUAACGGGCAGCUGGAGAUUGCGACAGGAGGCUGGGUAAUGCCAGAUGAGGCCAACUCCCACUACUUUGCAUUGAUUGACCAGCUCAUCGAGGGACACCAGUGGCUAGAGAGAAACCUUGGUGCAACUCCGCGCUCUGGCUGGGCGGUGGACCCCUUUGGACACAGCUCCACCAUGCCUUACCUGCUGCGCCGUGCCAACCUGACCAGCAUGCUGAUUCAGAGGGUGCACUAUGCCAUCAAGAAGCACUUUGCUGCCACCCACAGCCUGGAGUUCAUGUGGAGGCAGACAUGGGACUCAGACUCCAGCACAGACAUCUUCUGCCACAUGAUGCCCUUCUACAGCUAUGAUGUCCCCCAUACCUGUGGCCCGGACCCCAAGAUCUGCUGCCAGUUUGAUUUCAAACGCCUGCCCGGUGGGCGCAUCAACUGCCCUUGGAAGGUGCCACCACGGGCCAUCACAGAGGCCAACGUAGCAGAGAGGGCAGCCCUGCUCCUGGACCAGUACCGGAAGAAGUCCCGGCUGUUCAGAAGCAAUGUCCUCUUGGUGCCGCUCGGUGAUGACUUCCGAUAUGACAAGCCCCAGGAGUGGGAUGCCCAGUUCUUUAACUACCAGCGGCUCUUUGACUACUUCAGCAGCAGGCCUGACCUCCACGUGCAGGCCCAGUUUGGCACCCUCUCUGACUAUUUUGAUGCUCUGUACAAGAGGACAGGAGUGGAACCAGGCGCCCAGCCUCCAGGGUUUCCUGUGCUGAGUGGGGAUUUCUUCUCCUAUGCGGACCGGGAGGACCAUUACUGGACAGGCUAUUAUACUUCCCGGCCUUUCUACAAGAGCUUAGACCGAGUCCUGGAAGCCCACCUGCGGGGGGCGGAGAUUCUGUAUAGCCUGGCUGCAGCCCACGCUCGCCACUCUGGACUGGCCGGCCAGUACCCACUCUCUGACUUCGCCCUUCUGACAGAAGCUCGGCGCACACUGGGGCUCUUCCAGCACCACGACGCCAUCACCGGCACUGCCAAGGAGGCAGUGGUGGUGGACUACGGGGUCAGGCUUCUGCGCUCCCUUGUCAACCUGAAGCAAGUCAUCAUUAAUGCAGCUCACUAUGUGGUGCUGGGGGACAAGGAGACCUACCACUUUGACCCUGAGGCACCCUUCCUCGAAAUGGUGAGCCCCACUCCUGGAUCUGCUUGGUGGGACCCACAGGAUGACACCCGCGUAAGUCACGAUGCCCUGCCAGAGCGCACAGUGAUCCAGCUGGAUUCCUCACCCAGGUUUGUGGUGCUGUUCAACCCUCUGGAACAGGAACGGCUAAGCAUGGUGUCUCUGCUGGUCAACUCACCCCGGGUGCGUGUCCUUUCAGAGGAGGGUCAGCCGGUGGCUGUGCAGAUCAGCACACACUGGAGCUCUGCCACCAACAUGGUCCCUGAUGUCUACCAGGUGUCUGUGCCUGUCCGCCUGCCGGCCCUGGGCCUGGGCCUGCUGCAGCUGCAGCUGGGCCUGGAUGGGCACCGCACGCUGCCCUCCUCCGUGCGCGUCUACCUGCACGGCCGCCAACUGGCCGUCAGCAGGCACGAAGCUUUCCCUCUCCGUGUCAUUGACUCUGGUGCCAGCGACUUCACCGUCAGCAACCGCUACAUACAGGCCUGGUUCUCAGGCCUUACUGGGCUCCUCAAGAGCAUCCGAAGGGUGGAUGAGGAGCAGGAGCAGCGGGUGGACAUGGAGUUUCUCGUCUACGGCACCCGUACGUCCAAAGACAAGAGUGGAGCCUACCUCUUCCUGCCUGAUGGCGAGGCCCAGCCCUAUGUUGCCAAGGAGCCCCCUGUGCUGCGUGUCACUGAAGGCCCUUUCUUCUCAGAGGUGGUUGCGUACUACGAGCAUGUUCACCAGGUGACCCGGCUGUAUAAUCUGCCAGGGGUGGAGGGGCUGUCUCUGGACGUGUCAUCCCUGGUGGACAUUCGGGACUAUGUCAACAAGGAGCUGGCCCUGCGCAUCCACACAGACAUUGACAGCCAGGGCACCUUCUUCACAGACCUCAAUGGCUUUCAGGUGCAGCCCCGGCGGUAUCUUAAGAAACUGCCCCUGCAGGCCAACUUCUACCCCAUGCCAGUCAUGGCCUACAUCCAGGAUGCCCAGAAGCGCCUCACACUGCACACUGCCCAGGCCCUGGGCGUCUCCAGCCUCGGAGAUGGUCAGCUGGAGGUGAUCUUGGACCGGCGGCUAAUGCAGGAUGACAACCGGGGCCUAGGCCAAGGCCUCAAGGACAACAAGAGAACCUGCAACCGCUUCCGCCUCCUGUUAGAACGGCGAACCCUGGGCAGUGAGGUCCAAGAUGGCCACUCUACCAGCUACCCAUCCCUCUUGAGCCACCUGACCUCCAUGUACCUGAAUACCCCGGUGCUCACCCUGCCUGUAGCCAAGAGGCAGCUCCCAGGCCCUGGUUUGCGUUCAUUUCGUCCUCUGGCUUCCUCACUGCCCUGUGACUUCCACCUGCUCAACCUGCGUACGCUUCAGGCUGAGGAGGAUACCUCACCCUCAGCAGAGACCGCACUCAUCCUACACCGCAAGGGUUUUGACUGUGGCCUUGAGGCCAAGAACCUGGGCUUCAAUUGCACCACAAGCCAAGGCAGGGUAGCCCUGGGGAGCGUUUUUCAUGGCCUGGAUGUGGGGUUCCUGCAGCCAACCUCCUUGACAUUACUGUACCCUCUGGCCUCACCCUCCAACAGCACUGACAUCUAUUUGGAGCCCAUGGAGAUUGCCACCUUUCGCCUCCGCUUGGGUUAGGGCUUCUUGUGGCCUGAAGAGAAAGUUUGUCCAGAGACUGCCUCUUAACGUUAAGAUCGGGUUGGACAAGCCACACUGGGUACCCCAUCCCAAUCUGCCUCUCAGAACUGUGACAGACUGGGCUCUGCCAUCAUUUCCUGUUUAUUGCAGCUUCUGUGUUCGGGGGAUACCCACAAGCCCAGUGGUGGGUAGAUAGGGCAGACGCCAGUGAGAUCAGGGAAAGAAGGCUCUUGGUUGAGUGGGGAGCACCAGACUCUGCUUUCGUUUGCAAGUGGCUGCCCAGCUGGGCAAGGCUCCAGCACCCAUCCUUUUCCCAAAAUGGGAUAUAGGAAAAGCAAGGGCAGAUAGCAGAGGUAAGGGAGGCCAAAUGGGUAACAGCUUAGCCUCAGGGUCACUGCAGGCAAGAGCUGGUUCUAGGGGAACCCUGUGGUUAUGUACAGACUACAUGUCCUGCUGUGAAGAGCAGGAUCAGAGUGAGUCUGGGAGGACAGGGAUGGGGACCCCGAGUUAGUGCUGGGGUGGAAGAGUGAAAGAAUCCCUAUUUUGCCUGAGGCUAAAGGCCUCACUUUCUGUAAUGGCUCCACUCCAGGUGCCACCUGGCUUGCACUCUCAGGCUAGGGGCUGCAGGGCGGCAGGAAGGACUUGCUAGAGACUGUCAUGGCCAGAGGUUAUAGGAUACUUCAGGUACCAAAAACCCCACCUCAAACUGGGCACUUGGCUUAUGUGUUGAUUUGUGGGGUGGUGGCAGGGGUGUGGGGGGUCCUCUACCCUACCUGACUCCUCUUUGGUCCCCAUACUCUGUACACUACUGUUCCCAAAAGCUACUUCCUAUCAUGGGGGCGCGGGGGGGGAUCCUGGCAAAAUUCCUUUCCCUGGAAAGAAAGUGAGGCCUCCAAGACCCCAUGUGCUUGGGCAACUUGAGAAGGCUUUCAGCAUCAUGCCUAGCAGUCAGGCCUUGAAGCUUCACCUUUGGUCCAUCCUUCUACAGAAGUAUUCAGUUCCUGGCACAGGGGACUAGGGAUAUGUAGACUAAAUUAGGAGGCAGUAUGGCUGCUUAUGGGCUUUCAUUUCAACUUUGGCUAAUAGAGAAAAAUUUAUGAUAGUUUCUAUAGAUGCUGAAAAGAUAUUCAGUAAAAUUUAAAACCCAUCCCUUAUUAAAACUCUUAGUAAGUUACAACUAGAAAGAAAUAUUCUGAUCUAGCUGAAGGGUCUGUAUCAGAAGUCAAUAGUUAAUGGCGUUCUAAACAGUCAGACACCACAGGCAUUCCCAUGACAGUCAGAAACUAGCCAAGGGCGUGCUGUUAUUUAGCAAGGUCCUGGCACUAUUAACCCGUGCAAAAAGGCAGAUGAGGGAGCUAAGGAAGAAUUACAGUUGUUAUUUGUAGACAAUAAAACUGCCUGCCUGUAAAAUCUAAGAGGAUCAACUGGAGACCUCUUAAGAGUAUUCUGUAAGUUGAUUCAGCAAUACACAUCAUGCUCCUGAAAAGAUUUUGGUUCUCCCCAAAUCAGCCCAUAAAUCCAAUGUAAUUCCAGUGAGAUUGGGUACUUUUUGGAAGUUUACAGGUUCUAAAGUACAUGUGGAAGGGUAAAUGUGAGAAUACUAAGACAGUUCUGAAAGGCGACAGUUAGUUGGGGUGGUGUGCUGAGAGGGGAAGGCGCUUGCUUGUCCUACCAGAUUUCCCAAAGGAGUUGCAGGCUUCCAUGAAUUCCAUCAGUGUGAUCCUGAGUGGGUCAGACAGAUGGCUGGGACAAGAUGGAGAGUCCAGAAACAGACCCAGAUAUACAGAAAUUUAGUAUCUGAUAGAAGAGUAUUUUAAGUGGGGGAGAAGAUGGGUUAUUUAAUAAAUAGCACUUUGAGACAACUAGCUAUCUAUGAAAGUAAGAGUUUUAGUUCUACCUCAGUUUCCACAACAAUUAGUUCCAGGGGUGGGGGGGGAAACAAACCAUAACACUACAAAGUUACUCAAAGUAUUUUUUUAUACCUCUGGUGUGGCAGGGUCUUUUCUAAACAUAACAUGAAACGUAAAAAACAGAAUAAGGGAAAAGGUAAACAGAUUUUACCACAAAAAAUAUUGAAAGUUUCUGUAUGAUGGAAAACAUCAAGGUUAAAACAAAAAUGACAGAUACAGGAGAAAAUAUUUGCAGCACAUUAAAAAAAAAUCAGUGAGUACAACUACUUUAGGAGAAAAGCUUGUUUUGGAGUCCUUAGAGAGUGUCACUGGGGCCUACCAAGCAGCUACCUAAAGACUCAAGUGACGGGGCUGAGUUCUUCCAGGUCAUUUAGAGUUGUUGCCUUCAGCAUCAGGCCACAACACAUGGGAUCCUGUCUGUAUCACAGUGGAAGAAAUAAGAUUAUGAAUGGGAAGUGCUUAGCAUAGUAUCUGGUAUAUAUAAGAGCUCCACAAAUAAGAGUUAUAAUUAUGUUAGUAAAGGAUGCUAAGCAAUUACGUUAUAGCAGGUGUUAUUUGCUAGUAUAAUAUAAUUUGUAAUCAACUGAUAGGGGAGAACUUGUGAACCCCUAGGAAAUUAGCAGAAUAAAGGAUAUUAUCUUUGGA